AUGCGCAUGUUCACCUGGCGCAUGCGCAUGUUCACCCGGCGCAUGCGCAUGUUCACCCGGCGCAUGCGCAUGUUCACCCGGCGCAUGUGCAUGUUCACCCGGCGCAUGGGCAUGUUCACCCGGCGCAUGUGCAUGUUCACCUGGCGCAUGCGCAUGUUCACCCGGCGCAUGCGCAUGUUCACCCGGUGCAUGCGCAUGUUCACCUGGCGCAUGCGCAUGUUCACCUGGCGCAUGCGCAUGUUCACCCGGCGCAUGUGCAUGUUCACCCGGCGCAUGGGCAUGUUCACCCGGCGCAUGUGCAUGUUCACCCGGCGCAUGGGCAUGUUCACCCGGCGCAUGUGCAUGUUCACCUGGCGCAUGCGCAUGUUCACCUGGCGCAUGCGCAUGUUCACCUGGCGCAUGCGCAUGUUCACCCGGCGCAUGUGCAUGUUCACCCGGCGCAUGGGCAUGUUCACCCGGCGCAUGGGCAUGUUCACCCGGCGCAUGGGCAUGUUCACCCGGCGCAUGGGCAUGUUCACCCGGCGCAUGUGCAUGUUCACCCGGCGCAUGGGCAUGUUCACCCGGCGCAUGUGCAUGUUCACCUGGCGCAUGCGCAUGUUCACCUGGCGCAUGCGCAUGUUCACCUGGCGCAUGCGCAUGUUCACCCGGCGCAUGUGCAUGUUCACCCGGCGCAUGGGCAUGUUCACCCGGCGCAUGGGCAUGUUCACCCGGCGCAUGGGCAUGUUCACCCGGCGCAUGGGCAUGUUCACCCGGCGCAUGUGCAUGUUCACCCGGCGCAUGGGCAUGUUCACCCGGCGCAUGUGCAUGUUCACCUGGCGCAUGCGCAUGUUCACCUGGCGCAUGCGCAUGUUCACCUGGCGCAUGCGCAUGUUCACCCGGCGCAUGUGCAUGUUCACCCGGCGCAUGGGCAUGUUCACCCGGCGCAUGGGCAUGUUCACCCGGCGCAUGGGCAUGUUCACCCGGCGCAUGGGCAUGUUCACCCGGCGCAUGGGCAUGUUCACCCGGCGCAUGGGCAUGUUCACCCGGCGCAUGGGCAUGUUCACCCGGCGCAUGGGCAUGUUCACCCGGCGCAGGUGCAGUGGCUCGCGCCACCCCCAUACACCGUUGCAACACCGAAAGGCCUUUGUUUUACUGCUGGCGCCUGCUGCGGCGGCGAGGCGGCGGCCCAGCAAGGGACAGCUGAUUGCGGAGGUGAAGAAGGCCCGCGACGCGCUCAAGAACCCCAAACUGAAUGGCCGAUAUCGCGCCAGCAGCGUGCUGCUUGAUCGCCUCAUCCCUCAACUGGAGACCAACUGGAACCCAACGGACGCGUUCCUCGCCUCAGCCGACGGCAAAACUGUCCUCUUACCCGAAGACAGCGCAAUCAAAUCCGCGGCGCCUAAUGCCAUCUACAACAUGGUGAAGCCGGAUCUGAAGCGCCAAGAGCUUCGCUCCUAUGCUUCGUGGAUUCGUUCGAAUAUUCUCGACGGGGUGUUACCAGAGGAGAAGGACAUUGCUACCGCCAAGGUGUUACGGGAUGACAAUGGUCGCAAGGUGGACACGGCUGUCACUGUGACGCCCAACGGCUUGGGGGGUUGGAUAAAGAAGAUACGCAUCGGAAAGGGCAAGGCAAAAAUCAAGCACUCCAAGCUGUUCAAGGGGAGGUUUUUCGUUAUCCACGGUGUGGACGGAGUGCAGAUGCCGCAGGCAGUGGGUGCACAUGGGAGAGCAGUGGGUGCACAUGGGAGAGCAGUGGGUGCACAUGGGAGGGCAGUGGGUGCACAUGGGAGAGCAGUGGGUGCACAUGGGAGGGCAGUGGGUGCACAUGGGAGAGCAGUGGGUGCACAUGGGAGGGUAGUGGGUGCACAUGGGAGAGCAGUGGGUGCACAUGGGAGGGCAGUGGGUGCACAUGGGAGAGCAGUGGGUGCAGAUGGGAGAGCAGUGGGUGCAGAUGGGAGAGCAGUGGGUGCAGAUGGGAGGGCAGUGGGUGCACAUGGGAGAGCAGUGGGUGCAGAUGGGAGAGCAGUGGGUGCAGAUGGGAGAGCAGUGGGUGCAGAUGGGAGAGCAGUGGGUGCAGAUGGAGGGCAGUGGGUGCACAUGGGAGAGCAGCCUGUGCCUUCCCCUGCCAGGCCUGUGCCUUACCCUGCCAGGCCUGUGCCUUCCCCUGCCAGGCCCGUCGCUGCCGCCGCCGCUCAUCGGGGGAAAAGAGUUGAGCCCAGCAGCACUGCAAUGCACGGGUGGAGGAAGGAAGGCCACGCGGACGGGUUACACAGGCACUGA